UCAAAACAACAUCAAAAUGUCCUCGGUCAGCACCAGCAAAAUCUACGUCCUCAAAAACAGCUUCACAGCCGCCGCCAAAAUCCUCUCCCUCACCUCCGGCAACGACCCCUCCUCCUCCCUCUCCAUGAUCGACGCCCGAAACGUCUCCCCAAACAGCCUCUGGUUCCUCACGCCCACCCACACAUCACACUUCUACCGCCUCCACACCAUCGCCAACGGCGUCCAGCAGUCCCUCGACGUCAUCAACGACAAUGGCGUGCAGAGCAUCAACCUCCAUUUGACCAGCACGGGGGAGUACUCGGGUCAGUAUUGGAGGUUUGAUGACUGGCAUACGAACCCUACGUAUCCGUAUCGCCUGAGCAAUAACUUUACGGGGCCGAAUGCGCAUCUGGAUGUUUAUUCGGAUAAUCUUGUGGCUCAUCUGGAUGGGGGUGAUUAUUCUGGGCAGCAUUGGGCUCUUGUGCCUGCGGAUACUGUUGUUGUGACCACGUCCUAG